AUGGCGAUCUCGUCAAAGCCUUGUAUACAGGUGUUUCUUGUUGUUAAAGUUAUGUCACAAGAGUAUGAUUUGGGGGACGGGCAUUACAAAAGAAACCUUUCUCCAAAAUGGUUCUGCAAGACCUCCUCCUCAAGCCCCCCUCUUGUUCUUCAUGAUCAUGUCAAAGAUUAUAAUACUAAGUCCACUUUCUCGGAUUCAAGUCUUCUUGCUCGUAGUUUUCACAGGCAAGUGUUUAUUGAAGACAGAAAGAAAAUGUCUUUUGCUCAACCAUUAGGUGCUUCUUCUGGAGUUUUGCUAUGUAGACACAUCUCCUCUUCUUCUGGAAAACCAGAAGAAUCGAGCAUAAAGAUUGAUGCUCUAGGAGAUGUUGUCCCUGAUGGAUCUGUGGAAGCUGUGCAAGCAAUGGUCAAUAAUCUAAUUGGUUGGAGUCUAGAAAUGAAAUACUUAUAUCCCCCUGUGUACUGCGUGCAGUGUGUGGUUAUGGCAAUCCAUGACUUUACCGGCUUCAACUGGUCGACGUCUGUUGUUCUUACGGCUUUACUGGCGAGUGGACUCAUGUGGCCAGUCAAAAUGCGGAUUCAGAGACAAGUUUGGGAGUUAAAAAUUUUGCGUAUGAGCAUUCAAAACGUGAGGAGAGUGAUGCAGACAUGUGAUCCAAAAGAUCUGGCUGAAAACAAAAAAUUGGAAGCAGAGCUGACAGUAAAAUUUGAAAAAUGUGGCUUGUCUUAUAUGCCACUAUGCUUUCUUGAUCUAUUAAUCCCCAUGGCCUGUAUCCAAGCGAUUAAUAUCAUGUGUGUAUUAGAUAAAGUGUUUGAAAACGGUGGAAUAUGGGUUGGUGAUCUUUCGACUCAAGACAACAUGUUACCUCUACUGACAGCCUUAACUUUCUGGUUCACAUCCAAGGUCCUCACCACAAGCCUGACAAAGAUUUUAUCCAGAAUCAAGGAACUCCCUUUGUAUUGCAUUUUCUUCCUUGUGUUCCAAGCUGCAUUUAAAUUAUAUUUCCCGGCAGUGUACUUUUACUUGAUCACAUAUAAGCUAUCUCCAUACACAUUACACCUGAUGUGUAGAUCCAAACAAAUAGCAAAGUUGAGCAAGACACUCGGGGUGCCAUAUGUUCCAGUAACGGCCUCUGAUCAGGAAAAGAUCAUGGCGAGCGUGAUAACUGUUAUGAGGGAGUUUAUUGAUGUGAGGAAAGACAAGAAAUGA